ACACCAACAACACCUCCACCACCAACACCAACAACACCUCCACCACCGCCACCAACAACACCUCCACCACCAACACCAACACCACCACCAACACCUCCACCACCGCCACGACAACGCCAAAUAUGAGGGCAGUGAAAUUGGCCAGGAAGAGGCCACUAGCGAUGUCAUCAUCAUCGUCGUCGUCUCUCUCAUCAUCGUCGUCGUCUCUCUCAUCAUCCUCCUCCUCCUCUUCCUCCGCCACGGCUGUCGGGGCGGACUCGGGCGACGGAGGCGGCGCCUCGAGGCAGAGGAGGAGGAGGAGGCGCCGGGCUCGACCCCUACCCGGGGCGAGCCGCCAGCGGCAAGCCGCCAACGCCCGCGAGAGGGACCGCACGCACAGCGUGAACUCGGCCUUCACCGCUCUGCGGACGCUCAUCCCGACCGAGCCCGCCGACAGGAAACUCUCCAAGAUUGAGACUCUGCGCCUCGCCUCGAGUUACAUCUCGCACCUGGGCAACGUGCUCCUCAAGGGGCAAGGCCAGGGGCAAGGCGGUGGUGGUGGUCGGGAGGACGAGGAGCGAAACGAGGAUGAUGGUGACGAUGAUGGUGAGAGUGGAGUUGGCUUUUGCUGUCAUGGCAGACGCGGCCAAGUGCAGCUGUUGAACGGGCACGGAGACCCAGCGCCCAGAGCGAUCUGCACCUUCUGCCUGAGCAACCAACGCAAGAUGGGUCGCGACAUGGAACGUCGCAAGGGGUCAUGCAGUUGAUGGCGUUGACGAGGUGCGUGGGGUGAUGAUGGAGGUGGUGGCUGAACGAGGAGGCCGUGGAAGGAUCCGCAAGUCGGAGCGAAGUUCCAGCCGGAGUCGAAACCCGCGGGUGGAAGACCGCCACUGGGGGAGCCAUCAUUGGACGUACGGUGGAACGAGAGAUCGGAACUCAUCACAGGACCUGUGAUGGCUCCCGUAAUGCAGCCGUGACUCUGAAUCCCAGGAUGGAACAAGACAUGUUGGGAACGCAGUACAUAUUUGAUCCAUUACAGCACCUGCAAUGGAACAGUUGUAGCGGAACUCAACGCGAUAUGGAACCAUCACAGAACCGAUGCUGGAACACAAGCCAUUAAUGCUGGAAGUAGACACGUGACUUCUCUCGUGACGAGAAGGAUAACUAGACGUGGUGGUGCCGGGCGUGUGGGUGAUAAUUUGUUAGUGGCGGAGAGAUCCGGAUCGAAUGUAAGCCCUGGAUUGGACCCCUAAUAACACCACUCUGUGUGUGUCUGUGUGUCUGUGUGUGUGUCUGUGUGUGUGUGUCUGUGUGUCUGUGUGUGUGUCU